UACCAACCUUUGAACAUCAACAGUCUACCAAUACUACUAGUAUCGCUAUGUCUGAUACCGAGAUGGCCAAUUCCGCGCCUGCGGCUGGUUCCAAGACCGAGAGACUGCCCAUCACCGUCUCAAAGCCCACUCCCUACACAUUCGACCUGGGCCACCUGCUCGUCAACGACCCCAACCCCCUGGAGCUCCCCGCGGACCAGAAAGUGAACGACUCGCUGAAAGCGACAGCCCGCGACGGCGUUCAAGUCCUGCUCAACCAGCUCCUGACAACCUGCGAGAUCAAGACCUCCGUCUCUGACGGCGUGCUCCUCACCCUGCCAGCGCCUAACAUCCACCUCCCGCGCCACAAGCCGCUUCCCAUCCCCAAGGCCCCCACGAAAUGGGAGCUGUUCGCCCGCAAGAAGGGCAUCGGCAAGUUCAGCCAGAAGCCCGGUGCCGCUGGCCAGGACAAGGAGCGCCGCAAGAAGCUCCAAUACGACGAGGCUUCUGGCGAGUGGGUGCCGCGCUGGGGAUACAAGGGCAAGAACAAGGACGACGAGAACCAAUGGCUUGUUGAGGUUGACGAGAAGAAGUGGAAGAAGGAGGCUGAGGCUAAUUCUGAGGGAGGAAACAUCCGGGGUAUCUCGCGGACUGAGCGCAAGGACCGUAUUAAGCGUAAUGAGCGUAAGCAGCGGUCGAAUGAGAAGAGGUCGAACCCUGCUCGUGCGAAAUGAGGGGUGGUCGUUGAUUGAGCCGGUUUUUAUCGGGUUCUUUCGUGCUCUUUUCUCUUUUCUUUUUUCACGCUUAUGUUACUUGUGGCCUCUGGCUUUUCCUGUUCUUGAUUCUUUUUACAUCUCUGGCGUUGGGGUUGGGAGUCGAAUGGGAUUCUUCAUGUAUUGUGGACAUACCGUGAUUCACCAAAAGCUCUCUUAUUGCAUCUGUCGAUAUUUGCGAUGGCCUUUACUCGAUAGCUCGAUAGCCUUGAUUUAUCUGUGUGAGGCUAUGGGGAUUAUUGUACCAGAAAUGAUCUUGCUCGAAC